GUUCAUCCCGCCCGCCCGCGUCGGAAUCGCCGCCGCCCAUCGUUUUCCUCUCCGCACAUGCCUACCCACCCCACCGCGAUGCCACUGCGCCUGCGGGUCACCUCUCGCCCGGCCCACGCGUGCGCGCCUCGCUCCGAUCCCCAUGGCCCGCCCGGCGUCCCCGUCCCCCACCCUCUCCGCCGCGCUCGACCGGGACCUCCGCCGCGACGCCCGCCGCAGCCUCCUAUUCCGACCUGGGAGGUCGUUGUCCUACCUCAUGCUCAGCCUCCACCGCUUCGGCGCCGCUUGCCUCACCGGGAGCGGCGCCGCCCUCUCCCGCCCCCGCACCCCUAGGUCCACGCCCCCGCACUCGCCACGCCGGGAGGGGCCCCAGGUGGCCAAUGUCGCCGUCGCCGUCGCCGAGAGGAGGCCUUUGAGGGAGAGAGAGGAAGCCGCCACCAAGCGCAUCCACGACGCGCCGGCGGAAUCCAAACACGAAUCGGUCACGCAAUCUGAGAUGUCCGUCGGCGAUCACAGCAUGCAGACACAAUCUGAGGUCUCCGCCGGCGACCACAGCAUCCAGAGCACGCCGGCCUCCUCUACCGUCGGGAGGGGAGGGAAUAUCUGGGUCAGGGUUUUGCCCAAGACAGUCACCUUCCAAUCGCAGGUGGACUCCCCGCCGACGUCUGCAGAGUCCACGCCGGCGGCAGAGGACGAGUACGUUUGGGCAGACAAGUACCGCCCCAAUUUCCUCAAGGACUUCAUCUGCAACAAAGACGCCGCACGUGAGCUCUAUCAGCAGGUCACUGCUCAAGAAUGUAACCAUAUCAUAUUUGAAGGCCCGCCCGCGGUCGGGAAGAGAAGCAUGGUAUCAGCACUCAUAAGGGAUGCUUUAGCUCCUGAUGGUCUCAAGGUUGAUGUUACUCACUUGUGCACAAGGUUUGUCCAACCAAAUUAUCUAAAUCUUGAAUCUCACAAAUGCUUGUGCUUGAUCUUGCCAUUCACAGACAGAGGAAAUAAUAAAGAGAUUCGAGUUGAAGGUCAUCAUGUAGAGGUAAAUUUGGCUGAUAUACACGGCUAUGAGAAGCAUGUCAUUACUACUUUGUUGAAUGAAUCCAUCCCAUCACCAAACUCCAUUUGCAGUCACGCUAAUUGCAGAGUGAUUGUUGUCCAUGACGCUGAUAAACUCUCAUAUGAUCUUCAACAUUAUAUCGGAUGGUUUCUGGGGAGGUAUGUAGGCUGCAAUAAAAUCAUGUUCUGCUGUUCUGAUGCUUCAAACCUUGAGGAUGUCAGGCAUCUCUGCAAGGUUGUGACACUUAAGCCACCUUCAUUUGAUGAGAUAAUCAAGGUCCUAGAGUACAUUGCAGUUCAAGAGGGCAUAGAUCUGCCUCAUGAUAUUGCUAGGAGAAUAACAAUGAGCGCAGGCAAUAAUCUCCGACAGGCAAUACGUUCUUUUGAAGCUACUUGGAAAGCAAACUAUGCGUUCCUAGAAGGCCAUGCCAUUUUGACAGGAUGGGAGGAGGAAAUCUCCAAUGUAGCGAAAAAAAUCUUGGAGGAACCAAGCUCAAAGCAGUUAUUUGUCAUUCGGGGGAAGAUCAGAAAACUGAUUGAACAUAAUGUGUCCCCUUAUUUCAUUUUCUCUCAUCUGGUUGCUGAACUAAAAAGGGACAGGGACGAGGAGUUCCAAAAUAGCAUCGACGAACUAGCGUCAGAGUUGAACCGUGUUAGCAUGACUGCUGCAUCUUCAUGUAAAGACUGCAUGCUUCAAAAGGAGCAGUGCAAAGAGUGCAAAUCUCGUGACACAACUUUAGAAACCAGAAACAUCAAUAUAGAAGGUUUUGCCAAGAAGGGCCAUGACCCAGGCGAAACCAUCCAAUGCUUUAUUAAGAUUGAAGAAUUCACCGUGAGAUUUAUGGGCUUCUACAGAUCUUUAAAAGCAAAGAACACGAAUAGAGGAGGGGGUCUAUAAAUAAUUUACCAUCCCUGUU